ACUGGUUUUCUUUUGUCGUCUUCCUACCCGAAUCCAUGUCUCAUAUGCAUUGUGGCCUUGUGGGCGUUGCUUCACGUGUUUGCGGUCUCGGUUCAGAUUCAUCCUCCUUAUUAUUAAGAAGAAGAAUCGCUAGACUGUCAAAUGGAGGAACCAUAGAAUAACCACUACAUUGGAUCAGGUUUCUCCAUGGUUUUCAGCCUUUGAAGUUGUUUUUCUCGUGAAUUUGAUGAGCGUUGAAUGUUGAAUGCUGUUCGGGUGUAAUUGGUGGGGCUGUCUUUGGGUUCGUAGAAACUUCUGGUAUUUAAGAGAUCACAGACAUACCUCAUUAUCACUUGUCUGCCAGCCUUCAAGUCUUUCUUAUCUCCAUUGUAAAGUUCAGGCAACAAUUUCUUUGAAGGGUGUCGGGGCAGCUUGCUUUUUGGAUUCGUAUUCAAUAUUUUAUUUGAGGGCAAUCAAUACUGAAGACCAUCUCAUUGAUUUCCAGGGCAGGUUCCUUUUAAGUGGGGGAAGAGUUGGACUUUAUCUGAAAGCUGAUAAAUCGUUCGGAAUGAGCCAGCCUAAAAUCAAGCGUUGUAUAGGUAAAUAUGAGGUGGGAAGGACCAUUGGUGAGGGAACAUUUGCGAAAGUGAAAUUUGCACGGAACUCUGAGACUGGGGAGCCCGUGGCUAUCAAAAUUCUGGAGAAAGAGAAGGUUCUCAAGCACAAGAUGGCUGAGCAGAUCAGGCGGGAAAUAGCAACAAUGAAGUUAAUCAAGCAUCCAAAUGUUGUGCGAUUAUAUGAGGUUAUGGGGAGCAGGACAAAAAUAUAUAUAGUUUUGGAGUUUGCUACUGGAGGAGAGCUCUUUGACAAAAUUGUAAACCAUGGACGAAUGAGUGAAAAAGAAGCACGUACUUAUUUCCAGCAGCUUAUAAAUGCUGUUGAUUAUUGCCAUAGCAGGGGUGUCUACCACAGAGACCUCAAGCCAGAAAAUUUGCUGCUGGAUGCUCAUGGCCAGCUUAAAGUUUCUGAUUUUGGGUUGAGUGCGCUAUCACAGCAAAUCAAGGACGAUGGCCUGCUUCAUACUACAUGUGGAACUCCAAAUUAUGUUGCUCCUGAGGUCCUUGAUGAUAGAGGCUAUGAUGGAGCAACUGCAGACUUGUGGUCUUGUGGAGUGAUUCUCUUUGUAUUGCUUGCAGGUUACUUGCCUUUUGAUGACCCUAAUAUUAUGAACCUGUAUAAAAAAAUCUCAGCUGCUGAAUUUACGUGUCCCCCAUGGAUUUCAUUCAGUGCCAGGAAAUUGAUAACUCGAAUUUUGGAUCCUAACCCCGUGACUCGUAUCACUAUAUCUCAAAUCUUGGGCGAUGAAUGGUUUAAGAAAGAUUAUAAGCCUCCAGUUUUUGAGGAGAAAGGGGAGACCAACCUUGAUGACAUUGAAGCUGUCUUUAGAGAUUCUGAAGAACACCUUGUGACAGAGAAGAAGGAAGAACAGCCGACAGCCAUCAAUGCAUUUGAAUUAAUAUCCAUGUCCAAAGGGCUAAACCUCGAAAACUUGUUUGAUAUUGAGCAGGCCCUGAAAAGAGAAACAAGGUUCACAUCAAGAUGCCCUGCGAAAGAGAUAGUGGACAAGAUCGAAGAAGCUGUAAAGCCUCUUGGUUUUGACGUGCAGAAGAAAAACUACAAGAUGAGGCUUGAGAAUGUGAAAGCAGGAAGGAAGGGAAACCUUAAUAUUGCCACUGAGAUAUUUCAAGUGGCACCUUCUCUUCACAUGGUCGAGGUGAGGAAAGCAAAAGGUGAUACAUUGGAGUUUCACAAGUUCUACAAGAGUCUUUCAACAAGGCUUGAUGACGUUGUUUGGAAAGCAGAGGACGAUACUCAAGAAACGGAGUGAAAUCAUCAGUAUCAUUAUUAUCAAAAGCAAUAUCUUGAUACCUCAUGUCCUCCUGUUUACCAAUUUCUUCAUUCAUUUUU